AUGGACUCGGUCCGCGCGGGCCCCUUCGGCCAGCUCUUCCGCCCCGACAACUUCGUCUUCGGCCAGACGGGCGCGGGCAACAACUGGGCCAAGGGCCACUACACGGAGGGCGCCGAGCUCAUCGACUCCGUCCUCGACGUCGUCCGCAAGGAGGCCGAGUCCUGCGACUGCCUCCAGGGCUUCCAGCUCACGCACUCCAUGGGCGGCGGCACGGGCGCCGGCAUGGGCACGCUCCUCAUCUCCAAGAUCCGCGAGGAGUACCCCGACCGCGUCAUGUCGACCUACUCGGUGAUCCCGUCGCCCAAGGUCUCCGACACGGUCGUCGAGCCCUACAACGCGACCCUCUCCGUCCACCAGCUCGUCGAG